AUGGCCUGUGGCCAUGAGAAGCCAGUGGAAGGGGCUCAGAAGUGGGCCAUCUGGGAUGUCCUCCCAGCCGUGGUGGAAAAGCACAUAAGGAAAAGCAAGCCAGAGAGGAGAGGGGACGUUCUCCAGCAUCACGCAGCUCAGCACCAGAGCCACGGAGGGCUGAACCAGCUGGGAGGGGCCUUUGUGAACGGCAGACCCCUGCCCGAGGUGGUGCGUCAACGCAUCGUGGACCUGGCCCACCAGGGGGUGAGGCCCUGCGACAUCUCCCGCCAGCUCCGAGUCAGCCAUGGCUGUGUCAGCAAGAUCCUUGGCAGGUACUACGAGACCGGCAGCAUCCGGCCUGGAGUGAUAGGGGGCUCCAAGCCCAAGGUGGCUACCCCCAAGGUGGUGGAGAAGAUUGGAGACUACAAGCGGCAGAACCCCACCAUGUUUGCCUGGGAGAUCCGAGACCGGCUCCUGGCGGAGGGGGUCUGUGACAAUGACACUGUGCCCAGUGUCAGCUCCAUCAACAGAAUCAUCCGGACCAAAGUGCAGCAACCGUUCAACCUCCCCAUGGACAGCUGCGUGGCCACCAAGUCCCUGAGCCCAGGACAUACGCUGAUCCCCAGCUCAGCCGUCACGCCCCCGGAGUCACCCCAGUCGGACUCCCUGGGCUCCACCUACUCCAUCAAUGGGCUCCUGGGGAUCGCUCAGCCUGGCAGCGACAGCAAGAGGAAAAUGGACGACAGUGACCAGGACAGCUGCCGGCUGAGCAUCGACUCCCAGAGCAGCAGCAGCGGGCCCCGCAAGCACCCACGCACGGACGCCUUCAGCCAGCACCACCUUGAGCCGCUCGAGUGCCCGUUCGAGCGGCAGCACUACCCGGAGGCCUAUGCCUCCCCCAGCCACACCAAAGGCGAGCAGGGCCUCUACCCGCUGCCCUUGCUCAACAGCACCGCCCUGGACGAUGGCAAGGCUACCCUGACCCCUUCCAACACGCCCUUGGGACGCAACCUCUCGACUCACCAGACCUACCCAGUGGUGGCAGCAGAUCCUCAUUCACCCUUCGCCAUAAAGCAGGAAACCCCCGAGGUGUCCAGUUCUAGCUCCACCCCUUCCUCUUUAUCUAGCUCCGCCUUUUUGGAUCUGCAGCAAGUCGGCUCCGGGGUCCCAGCCGGUGCCUCGGUCCCGCCCUUCAAUGCCUUUCCCCAUGCUGCCUCCGUGUACGGGCAGUUCACGGGCCAGGCCCUCCUCUCAGGUACGACAGGGAGGUCCUGGGCCAUCUUAGACAAGAAGCUGAAAGAAAGCCAGCAGAUAGAAGGGGAGCACAAGGUGGGCUGA